CAAAUGGCUGAAUAUAAGCUGAGUGUGACAACAGGUGGCAUGCGGCAUGCUGGGACUUUGGACAACAUCUUCAUCAUUUUGUUCGGGACUGAAGGGCAGAGUGAACGCACUCGGCUAGACAACUCUGGCAUCGACUUUAAAUCGGGGACGGCAAGUUCAAUUCUGUCUUAUGUAACAAUCAAAAAGACUCAACAGAUCAGUUCCCAUUUGUUUGCGUUUAAUCCAUUGGGGGGUUUACACUUCACUUUUUUUUGUGCUCAGACAAGGACUUACAGUCUGAAAUGCAGCUUUUCUCUGGGGAAGCUCCUGCUGCUGAAGGUGGAGAAAGAUUCUUUCCUUCAUCUUUUAGAUGAUAGGUGGUAUUGCUGCAAAGUAGAGGUGAUGACUCCUGAGGGAGAAGAGAUUGCUUUUCCCUGCUUCAGAUGGAUUUCCAGUGGUGAGGAAGUAGAGCUCAGAGGAGGAAAAGCCUUAAAAGUUUUCGAGGAGGAGCAUCCUCUGCUGAUAGACCACCGCAACAAAGAGCUAAAGCUGAGAAAGAGUUUGUACCAAUGGGCAGUUGGUGAUAAAAAGCUGCCCCGCCACAUUCACUUCACAGAUAUAUCGGAGCUCCCAGCUGAGGUGCAGCUCUCUGAGCUCAGAUCAGAUGAAAUACAUCAUUCAAAAAGAAAAAUGAACACUGAGCUAAUGUUUAAGGGAUUGGCUGGAUCGUGUAAAGAAUGGAAAAGUAUUGAGGAUCUGGAAAAAGUAUUUAAGUCCAGAAAGACUUCUAUGUCGGAGUAUGUGUCCAAACACUGGAAAGAGGAUGAUUUCUUUGGUUAUCAGUUUCUAAAUGGGACAAAUCCCAAUGCGAUCAAACGCUGCUCCAAACUUCCACCCAACUUUCCAGUCACUGAGGAGAUGGUGAAGCCUUGUCUGCCAAAUGGACUCACACUGAAGGACGAAAUGGAGAAAGGCAAUAUUUUCCUGUGUGACCAGAGAAUAAUGGAGGGAAUACCAACAAGAGUGAAGGAUGGGAAUCCUCUACAUAUGACUGCUGGUUUAUGCCUGUUCUACAUGAAUCCUGAGGGAAAACUGAUGCCUCUUGCAAUACAACUGAACCAAAAAGCUUCAGCAGAGAAUCCAAUUUUUCUGCCUACCGACCCAGAGAAGGACUGGCUGUUGGCCAAACUGUUUUUCAAAAGUGCAGAUCUGCUGGAAUGUGAGGUUGUCCAUCACCUCCUGAUCACUCACUUUCUGUCAGAAGUCUUUGCUGUUGCGACUCUGCGCUGCUUCCCAACCAUUCAUCCCCUGCACAAGUUGCUGAUUCCACACUUUCGAUUCACGCUGCACAUAAACAUCAUGGGCCGUGAGGCUCUUUUGGGACCUGAUGGAGCUCUUUGCGCGAGUUCAUUUGGACUGGAGGGACUGAUGGAGCUCAUGGGAAGAGGUCUGUCAGAAACGACCUACAGCGCCCUCUGCCUGCCAGAGAACAUCACUGCAAGAGGGCUGGAUUCCAUCCCAAACUUCUACUACAGAGACGAUGCUUUGAAACUGUGGGACGUCAUCGAAAGCUUUGUGAGUUCGGUGGUGAAGGACCACUACCCUUCAGACGACGACGUUUUUAAAGACACUGAGUUGCAGGAGUGGAUCGAUGAGAUUUUCACACAAGGCUUCCUAGAAAACAAACAGUCAGGAGUUCCAGCAUCUUUCCAUACGGUGGAGGAGGUGGUGAAGUUUGUCACCAUGGUGAUUUUCACCGUGUCUGUUCAGCACGCUGCUGUUAAUAACGGUCAGUUUGAUUUCCACUCCUGGAUCCCUAACGGCUCCCUCCAGCUACAAAAACCUCCCCCAACCUUCAAGGGGCAGUCCAGAAUGAACACGUUUCUUCAGGCCCUUCCAAAUGUUGGAGACAGCGUCAAGUUUGCAGCGAUGUUCUGGAUGCUAUCAGAUAAGUACACGGAUAUGGUUCCCUUGGGAGCAUUCCCCGAAGAAAGAUUCAGCGAGCCUCAUCUGAAGCAGAUGAUUAAAGACUUUCAAGCCGAGCUGUCCUAUCUUAGUGAAGAAAUUUCACUAAGAAACUCUAAGCUUCAAGUUCCCUAUGCAUACCUGAACCCGAAACAAAUAGAAAAUAGUGUGGCUGUUUGAGAAACACUGAAACCAGCAGCAAACACUUAAAUCCACAUAGGUUUAAACCUGUUUUAAUGCUGGGAAACAUUCUGAACAUACAGAAACAUCAUUGCGUAGCAAAACAAGGACUAACUAACUCUCCCCUUUACUGGAAAGUAUUUCUUUAAAGAGUUUGUGUGUCAGUAUAAAAAAACAAUAAAACCGAAUAAUAAAAGUUCAACAUAAUGUUUCUAAAGGGUUUUUUAAGGUUUCCUUCUUCUGUUAAAGUCCCACUGGAAUCAUCUUUUGAACAAAUUUCAAAGUAUGAUUUUGCUAUGUGUGGCCAACUAAAUAAAAAAUAAAAAUUUGUGCCAUUUUCUAGGACAUAGUUUCUGCAGAGAGGCAGACUUUCAUUAAAAACUUGCAGAUGGCAAUGUUGGUAUGAGGCAACCCCGCCCCCCUUCCCCUCUCUGUUGCUUAGAACUUGGAGCAGAGAGCUUGUGGCCCACCCAGCAUAUUUUCUACGUCCCAAAUUUGCUCUUUUUCAAACUGCAUUUUCUCAUCUGCUGAUCCACAACAAUCUGAAUCAUUAAAAUACCCAGAAAUGCCAUUUUCCAUGAGCAAUUUUCAAAAAAUAUAUAUAUGACCUCCGUAAUCAGAAAAAUGUCACAUAAACAAGUUAAAAAGACAAAAAUCAUGAUUUUCAUUGGAAUGGGUUAUAAAUGGCUUCCUUGAAAGCGCUUGUUGGGAUGAAAUGUUAAAUAUGAACAACUUCACUGGCUUUUUAACGGUUUGGUCUUGCAUAAAGACACAUACAUGUGUAGAGUGUCGUUAUGUUAUCAGGACUGAACAAGGAUGCCUAGAUUGUAACAGGAAGAGUAUCUGAAUUUAAGGGCUUGUAGUGCCAGAAGGCAACACUUUGGACUACCACAGCUAAAUGGGAACCAUGAAGAGGCCAAAAGGGAAGCAGCAACUGUCAAACACCUACACAGAAUAAAGCAAGCCUAGGGACGUCUGCAGGAUGGGAAAACAAAGUGCUGGGUGUCAAUAAUUAUGUCCUAUCAAUCAUCAGAUUCCCUGCUGGCAUGAUAAGUUGUGAUGCAUGGAGGGUUUCAUCCCAAAUCCAUAAGACUGUGCUAUACAGAAGUUCCAAGCUCAAGAUGGGAAACAGCUCUAAAGGCAAAGCUGUGAAUGCUCAAGAUAACACCCUGUGGUACUUUCAAAUAAACAAAGAUGAUGGAUGGAUGGAUUGAUGGAUGGAUGCAACCUUCCACAUUUACUCAACUUGUGGUGGCAAAUGUACCUGAUUGUGCC